UUUGGUAUAUGAAGCCAAAUGGGGUUUCAAUGAUUUUCAAAACACUGUUUGAUAUAUAGAUUUCACUCAAUAUUUGAUUGGAUUAUCCGGACCAUCUCCAGAUAUGUUCAGCGGAAUGGCUCAAGAGGAUGGUUCUUCGUCUAUAAACUCGUCUCCGCUUCACUUAUUUUCAUUAAUGUCACUGUCACCUAGUUUUGGAUCACAAUACCCAUGGCUAAGGGAAACCGAAGUCGAAGAAAGCCGAGGUUUACAUCUCAUCCAACUUCUUGUUGGCUGUGCUAACCAUGUGGCUGCUGGUAACAUCCAGAAUGCCAACAUCGGACUCGAACAGAUUAACAAUCUUGCAUCUGCCGAUGGGAACACUAUGCAACGGAUCGCAGCUUAUUUCACCGAAGCACUCGCUAAUCGCAUGCUUAAAGGAUUACCAGGUUUAUACAAAGCCAUUAAUUCCACAAGAAUCACAUCAAUAUCAGAAGAGAUUCUUGUAAAAAAAUUGUUUUUCGAUCUUUGCCCAUUUUUGAGGUUAUCCUAUAUCAUUACUAAUCAAGCGAUUCUCGAAGCAAUGGAAGGGGAAAAGAUGGUUCAUAUUAUAGAUUUGUGUUCAUCUGAGCCUGCACAAUGGAUCAAUCUUCUACAAUCGUUAAGAGCACGACCCGAAGGGCCACCUCAUUUGCGGAUCACUGGAAUUCAUCAGCAAAAAGAAGUACUAGAACAAAUGGCAUUUCAGUUGAAUGAAGAAGCAGAGAAAUUAGACAUCCCAUUUCAAUUCAAUCCAAUAGUUAGUCGAUUGGAAAAUCUUGACAUUGAUUCUUUACGUUACAAAUCAGGAUAUGCUUUAGCAAUAAGCUCAGUACUUCAACUUCACACUCUUUUGGCGUUUGAUGAUGAAACGAAUAGAAGCCCAACUUCAAGACGAGUUCUGAUGAAAUCACACACUUUAGGUGAUUUUCUCAGGAAAGAUGUAACAAACAAAUUUAGUCCAAGUCCGGAUUCGCCUUCAUCUUCGCCGUUAUCAUUGACUAGUUCUUCAAAAUUGAUGAACUUUUUGAAUGCCCUGUGGACGUUAUCACCUAAACUAAUGGUGGUAACUGAGCAAGAAUCAAACCAUAAUGGAUUCAGUUUAAUGGAUAGAGCAUUUGAAACAUUGAACUUUUAUGCAGCACUGUUCGAUUGUUUAGAAUCUACUGUUACACGUGCAUCAUUGGAGCGCCAAAAGAUUGAAAAGAUGUUAUUUGGUGAAGAAAUCAAGAAUAUAAUUGCUUGUGAGGGGCUUGAAAGAAGGGUGAGACACGAGAAGCUUGAAAAAUGGGUUCCCAGGCUCGAGUUGGCUGGAUUUGGAAGGGUUCCUUUGAGCUACAAUGGGAUGUUAUUGGCUAGAAGAUUGUUGAAUAAUUACGGGUAUGAUGGGUAUAAUGUCAAAGAAGACAACGGUUGUUUGUUUAUUUGCUGGCAUAACCAACCGUUAUAUACCAUUUCGGCGUGGAAAUUUAAAAGGUACAGUUAGUUUAUAAUCAUGUUUGUUUCUAUUUAAUUUGAUUGUCUCAUUUAUGUGUAUAAAACAACUGUGUGAUCGUAAAUCUAUGAUCAUCUGUUUAACUUAAAAGAACCUUCAUGACCUGUUCUAAG